UGUUAUUAACCAGUAUUUUUGAAAAAAAAAAUGUUUCUAUUCUUAUCUUUAUAAAAUAGUCGAGAAAGAGCCUUGGCUGUCAGAUGGAAUUUUUCCACAAAAAAACGAUGUAUACCCAUUAUUUCCACCGGAUGUUACCCAAGAAUUCAGAGAAAUACAAGAAGAGGUGAUCGACGUAGUUCAUAAAAAACCAAUCGAUUAUCAUGAAAAAAUUGAGGAGAUACCAUCAAAAGUAAUAAAAGAUAUCGUCGAAAUAACCCCUAUCCCAGAAGAAACAGUUAUCCAGGAAAAAAAAAUUGUACAGAAAGAGCCUUUGCUGCCAGAUGAAAUUUCUCCGCAGAAAAACGAUGUGUACCCACUACUUUCACCGGAUGUUACCGAAGAGUUCAGAGAAAUAGAAGAAGAGGUGAUUGACGUAAUUCAUAAAAAACCAAUCGAUUACCCUGAAAAAAUUGAGGAGAUACCAUCAAAAGUGAUGGAAGAUAUCGUCGAAGUAACCCCUAUCCCAGAAGAAACAGUUGUCCAGGAAUUGACGGAAAGGAUAGCGGAUCAUGACGAGAAAAUCGAUUUGGUUGAAGAAGAGGUCCAAAAAAUCGCGAUCAUUGAGGAACAAGCUGCCAUCCCGAUGGAAAGGAUAACGGAUCAUGACGAGAAAAUCGAUUUGGUUGAAGAAGAGGUCCAAGAAAUCGCGAUCAUUCAGGAACAAGUUGCCAUCCCGAUGGAAAGGAUAGCAGAUCAUGAUGAAGAAAAAAUCGAUUUAAUCAAAGAGAAGGAAUUAGUUACUGAAACAACUGUAGCGGACUCCGUAAAAGAGAUAUCGGUUGAAAAACCUGAAAUUAUCGAAGAUGAAAUUGAGCGGCCAGCAAUUGCAAAAAUCGAAUUAGAAUUGCCACAGGAACUAGAAGAGUAUUUUGAACCCGAGAAGCGUGUAGAAUAUGGCGAAGACGGCAUUACUGACCACGAAAAAUUUAUCGAGGAGGAAUUGCAGGAGUCUCUGCCCGCCAUAAUAGCAAAGGAAAUUCCGGAGGAGCCGAGAGCGAUGCGUCAAGAAAUUUCCAAGAAUGCGGUCUAUGAGAAAAUCGAUCGCAACAACUCUGCCAGACCAUCAAGAGAGCCUGAACGACGAGCUAGAGAAGAAGUACCUGCAAAAGUAAAGCGAAUCAUCUCGCGCAAACCUGAAACUGCAGAUGUUUGCGAUGAGACAUGCCCUUUAGUAAAAGAGCAGAAAGAACGUUUUAUGCGCAAAUUGAAGGAACGACAGCGGGUCAUAGAUCAUUAUUAUCUGACAAAGGGCUUCAGCUACUUCGAAGACGUAUGCACGUGCUCUCUGGCUUGCAUGGUGUACGCUCUAAGCAGGGAUCCAUUCGUGAGAAGCGUAUUCGCGUCUCUCGCAUUGUUUGCGGUCGGAUUAAAGCUGUGCUCCGAGCUGGAUGCGUGGGAAAUGCCAAAUCGCGUUUCAUAAGAUCAGAUAUUAACAUCACUCACUGUAUAAUCAUUGUUAAAACUAUCCUAUAAAAUUGCCGUCAUAUUAAAAUAAAGGCA